ACUUUGACGUGAUGGAGCAACGGAGAUUACCAUCCUAGCUAGUGCCGUGCAUUGAUUAUUCCUGUAUUUAUGUAUAUAAAAAAAGCAGUAAUAUGAGCGGGAGUGUGUACAGGCAGGAGAGCGGAGGGUAUAGUGUUACAUGUCGCUUAAACUGUUCGGAUGAUUGCGAUUUAAAUCUGUAGCUAUGGUGUUGUUGGGGGUCAGGACAGCUCGGCAUACAGAUGUUACCAGCUGGGAAGAAAGAAACCGUUAAUCUGGUCUAACAGUCUGACGGCAUCGUUGCGAUUUCUUUUAAUAUUUUAAUUUAUCGAGUCGAUUCACUUGCGGCCGAACCAUGAGCAAUAUGAAGGAGAAACCGACUAUCCGCCAACAGAGCUCGGAGAAUAACUCUGUCAGCAGUAGUGAAUGGGAUAUGGCAAAUGAUGUGUUUGUGUCCGGCUACGACGACAAUCCGAUGGGAGACAGCGCUGCUGCGGGGGACAGGGACCCGGCGCAGCACGGCUUGGAAAGACACCUGCCGCUGUUACGAGGGGACUCGCUGUCCCCGGAUGGCAUGAUGCUGGGCCUUGCCGGGGAGGAAUAUUCGGGCUCAUCAUACCUGUCCAUCGAGCCAAACUACACCGAAAGUGACGGGAACGUCACAACCAAGAAGCGCAUACGGUCCAACAGCUCCCGGCACCGUGGCGAGGUCGUCACGGAGCUUGGACCAGAGGAGGUCAGGUGGUUCUACAAAGAGGACAAGAGAACGUGGAAGCCAUUCGUCGGACACGAUUCCUUAAAAAUCGAGAUCGUCUAUAGGAGAUUCUGUGAGCAGAACCCGGACAAGGUCAAACACCCGGCCAAUCCCGCCGAGGCCGAGGGCAAGGAUGCUGCCAGGUCCGGCGAGAUCCAGCCGGAGAGCGGGGCGGUGGACGGUGGAAGUGUCCCGGCUGAGACGGCGAUGCUGCGGGGCGGAGGGCAGCGGCGCUCCGUGUCAGUGUCCGAGGAGAUGAAGGACCCGGACGACGUCCGUAUCAGCGUGGAGGCAGUGUGUGUCAGAGGGGGGCUGUAUGAAGUGGAUAUCAGGGAGAAGGAAUGCUACCCUGUUUACUGGAACCAGCAAGACCGUAUUCCUGUGAUGAGGGGUCAGUGGUUCAUUGAUGGAUCGUGGCUUCCCCUGGAGGAGGACGAGAGUGACCUCAUCGAGAUUGAGCACCUCGCCCGUUUUCGGGGUCAACAGAUGAGGGACACCUAUGAGAUGGAUGUGGUGACCACCACAGUGGACAGCAAGGACGCUAUCCACAGUCUGAAGCUGAGCAGGAGCCAUGUGGACUGGCACAGUGUGGACGAGGUGUACCUGUACAGCGAUGCCACCACCUCCAAGAUCGCACGCACCGUCACUCAGAAGCUAGGCUUCUCUAAAGCCUCCAGCAGUGGCACACGUCUUCAUCGGGGAUACGUGGAGGAGGCGGCACCUGAGGACACCCCACCUGAAACCACACACAUCGUCUUUGUGGUGCACGGCAUCGGCCAGAAGAUGGACCAGGGCCGCAUCAUUAGGAACACCAGCAUGAUGAGAGACGCUGCCAGGAAGAUGGAGGAGAAGCAUUUCUCUGAUCGCACCACAGAGCACGUGGAGUUCCUUCCUGUGGAGUGGAGGUCAAAACUAGCUUUGGAUGGAGACACGGUGGAUUCCAUCACGCCUGACAAAGUGCGAGGUCUUCGAGAUAUGCUGAACAGCAGCGCCAUGGACAUCAUGUAUUACACCAGCCCUCUGUACAGAGACGAGAUUACCAGAGGUUUGACUCUGGAGCUGAAUCGUCUCUACUCACUCUUCUGCUCACGGAAUCCAGACUUUGAGAAACACGGGAAGGUGUCCAUUGUGUCGCACUCGCUGGGCUGCGUGAUCACCUUCGACAUCAUGACAGGCUGGGACCCGGUUCGCUUUCAUCAUCAAGAAGUGCCAGACCCGGAGGAGACGAAAGUCCGCUGGCCGAAUGACAAGGAGCGCCAUCUUCAGGAGCAGCUGAGACUCACACACCUCAGGUUGAGGGACUUGGAAGAUCAGUUCCAGGGUCUGCAGACCUCAUCUUGUGUAGCAGGACCAGCUUUGAAAUUCAAGGUAGAAAAUUUCUUCUGCAUGGGCUCUCCUCUGGCUGUUUUCUUGGCAUUGCGAGGGAUCCGGCCUGGAAACAAUGGCGUGCAGGACCACAUACUCCCCACAUCUAUCUGCAAACGCCUCUUCAACAUAUUCCAUCCCACAGACCCCGUGGCGUACAGAUUGGAGCCUCUUAUCUUAAAACACUACAAUAACAUUACGCCUGUUCAAAUUCACUGGUAUAACACCACCAGCCCAACACCAUACGAUCAGAUCCGGCCCACACUGCUCAACCUACCAAAGGAAACCACAUCUGUCUCUGACUCAGAGAGCAUCCCCAGCCCCUGCACCUCCCCGCCCCAGGCCCGACGGCACUAUGGAGAGUCCAUCACCAGUCUGGGCAAAGCCAGCAUCAUGGGUGCUGCAAGUAUUGGAAAGGGAAUCGGAGGAAUCCUGUUUUCCCGCUUUUCCCGUUCUAGUGGCCAGGUGGGCGGGCUAGAGGAGGAGCCGUCUGAUUCUGAAGGUGGAGCUUCUGAAGUGGAAAAUGUGGCAUCAGGAGAGGAAGGAGUGACAGUGACAGAGAGUGAGGAGAAGGACAAACAAUUAGAGGAGGAGGGGAAGGAGGAAGAGCCGGCCAUGUCGCAGUCCACCUCAGCUGUCUUGGAUAACACUUCAUUGGAACUGGAGAGACGCAUCGACUUCGAGCUGCGGGAGGGAUUAGUCGAGAGCCGCUACUGGUCAGCCGUGACCUCACACACAGCCUAUUGGUGCUCUUAUGACGUGGCUCUGUUCCUCCUCACCUUCAUGUACAGACCACAAGAGCCCCCCGAAGCUGCAGAGGACAACCCAGACCCCUCAUAACACAAGUCCAGACUGACAUAUGGCUUGGGUCACUUCACUCUCUAGUCACUCCUUUUUGAAAAUAGAAACUCAAAGCCCGAGAUAUGGAACAUUAUGAAACAGACUUCUUCGUUUGCAAUUUUCUUCAUUCAAAUAAAAUAAUUCCCUGCUUCAGCCAUUUUUGUGUGAAGUAUUGAAUAUACGAAAGAUAUUAUUUAACACAUUCUUGAAUAUACACUUAUAUACACUGUCAAAAAUUGGAAUACUCAUUUCAAUUUGAAAUAGUUUACAUUUUGUUGAAAGAUGUGGCAGUCUGUUGUGGGCCAUAAUCUAAAGGGACUUUGGCUGUAAUAAGUUUUUCUGACUUAUGAACAUUUUAUUUUCAUUUGAAUGUCCUACGCGAAGCAGCCAUAAGUGAUAAAUCCGACAUCUAAUUUUGAUUUUAAAAUUGGCCCUGGACCAAUCCAUAUCCUGCUAGUGGGGCAAACUAAAAAUGACUGUUAUAAAGGAGUGACUUGAAAAUGAUGUGACCCGACACAUACGCGAGCACACACAAGCCACUUUCCUGUUUUACACAUGACAUCUCGAUUCCUCCCAGUUGACACAUGCUAACCAGGAUGUGACCUUUGCCCCAGACUGACUGGAUAUCUACUGUGCCCAGACCCAGCCUUCACAGAGGAGCUAACGCUUUAAGCCUUUUCCAUGUUUCCUGGUCUUCUCUAAACAACAACAAGCUGCAUCCUGUUCGGCCGGAUCAGUGACGUCCUGCUGAAGGUUUUCCUCGUCUUUCGGUCUGUGACUCCCCAUGUGCUGGUGAAACUGUAGCCAUAGAGAAGGUGUUUCGUUCCAGGUCUAACCUUGUGCUUGUCAGAAAUCUGUUUAAUAGUUUUGCAUGAUCUCACGCCUCAGAUGAGAACAUUGGUCAUAUUAUAGAGGAGGCUAAAGAGAACUCUUUUCCAACACAGUGCACUACACAGACACUACAUCUUAAAACCUGAAUACUUUACAGAUAAUCAGAAACAGUCGAUAUCUGAGAGAAAGUAGCAUUAAGUGAUUUUUGACCACUAGAGGGCAGAAAACCUCUGAGGCAAAGUUCCUGUAACAGAGCCUUGACACACCAUUGGCUUAUCAUGUGGUUGUUAGCAACAGUUGCCUAACCCUUAUACUAUAUAUACACAAGAGGCAUAGCCUUAGCUGCAUGUUAGCAGAGCAGCAGCAGCUUCAGUCCUCUGUUUCUGGACAGCGCUGAGCGUAGUGGGGCUUUUCCAUCUCCAUUUUUGGCCAUGCAAGUUUGAUUUUCCAUUCCGAGUUUAACGUGUGCAGUUGAGCCGAGCUAGGGAAGGACCCUCUCUGGGGUGGGGCCCCAAGUGCCUGCUCCGACUGCUAGCCAGCUGUGGUGACAUCUCAGAGCUGUAGCCAGCCCAUGCCGACACCCCCAAACCCUCAAACGAGCAUGUGUUGUGAUCCUCAGCUGAUGUAGGAAAGUUUUGAAAGUCUCAGUGUGUUCAGCUCUCAGUGCGUUCAUACCUUCUCACUGAAUUUCUUAUGUUUUAUUCCUGCGUCCCUUUUCGUAUUUUUCACAAAUCUGCUUAAUUUAUUAUUUUCGAGUUCGAGUUCGACUCUUAAAUGACUAUAUGAUAGACAACUUUUACUCUGAAGAAAUGAAUAAUUUUUGUCAUCAAAUUAGCAGAGCUUUGUUAGCGGAAAUGGUGUUUGAUAGCACUGCAGGGAGGAAAAGUACGCAGAGCCACACCAUCGAUCGCUGUUCAGAACAAGCGGUUCAUUUGUUAAAGACACGCCUUUCGAGAAAAGUGAGGUCAGCCCAACACACAAUCUCUGUCCAAAAAAACAGACUUGAAGAAUUAAAACUUGUUUUGGGGUGUGUUUACGUGUAUAUAAUGCAAGUAGCGUCACAUGAGAUCUGCCGUGAAUACCCAGGUAACCAGUGGGGCCACUGGAUGAAAAGAGGGAUUAUAAGUAGCUGGGAUCCUUGUAUUUAAAAUAAUUCAAACCAAAGUCUGAAACUGAAACUAACACAAGGGCUCUGUUUUUGUGAAUCGAGUAUCACGUCCUGCACCCUGUGCAGUCGUGAUGGCACAUUUGUUCAUGAGGUGGGAGGUAGUGAUGGUGAUGGCCAAUCAUAUUUACCGCUUAGAGUUUUUUAAACAAAGGACGCUCCCCUUCAUGAGUUUGGGAAUCUUGUUAGUGUCCUCAGGUGAAACUUACUGUGUGAGACCGGUAGUCGUUCAUGUAUAAAAUCAGCAGUUUAAAUUCACUGCCAAGACCAGAUGAUGCCUCGUUUCAAAGUGAAUUCACUUUGCUGGAUAUGUUUAAGAGCUGACGGUCACCAUGUUAUCCGAUUGUAACAAAAUCAAAUUUUAUUUGUCUUCACAACGCAACAAGGAACUGUAGAAUAAUUGAUCGUAACGGCUGUGUGUGGUGUGCUCGUGAGCAGAGAGCUUUUUUCUUCCUCUACUUUUGGUGGUUAAUUUGCAACAGCCUGGAUCCUGAAAACACAAAAUGAGCAAAAAGGUCUCAGAACUCUGGGCAGUUUCUGCUCUGUUUGCACCCAUCACUACUGCCCUCUGCUGGUACUGCACCUUCAAACACGCCACCCUCACAUGCUGACCUCUAGUGGAGCGGCAGGACUUUUGCAAACAUUUGGCGUGGGAACAUGCUGUUGCAGCCCAUAUAUUGAAUGAGGGGUCUCUUGUAAAAUUGAUACCAUCAUGGCCACUGUGGACAGGAAGAAUGAUUACUGUGAAAAAAAAAUCAUAACGUAUCCUUUGAUAUUAAAAAAAAAAGAAAUCACUUCAUGGAGCUACUUUACUCUCAUAUAAUUUACGAUGUGUCAUAAUAUCAUGUUUACAUUGAUUGAACUGUUGUGUGUGUCAGGAGUGAAGGACACGACAAUCGCAUUUGGGUUAAAAAAAAAAAAA